CCGGGUGUAAAGUGACCAGCAUCUUGUGGCGGCAAAAAGCGAUCGUAAAACAAACGGAAUGGCGACGAGUGGCGGCGCGUGUGUGCUGGGCAGGCGGAUGCGCCUGUUGCUGGUUGGUGUAUUUAUACUAGUGUCGUACUACCCGGCUUGUGGCCAGCAACCGGUGCCAACCGCCGAAGAUCUGAUCCUCGAUCGGAUCGCAUCCGUUCUUCCCGAGCUUCCCGAUGAUACCUGUCGGCGGCAUCUGAACCGCACCUUGGGUGCUCUAAAAACCCGCGAGCCUUGGGCAGUGGCAAUGUUUGACGCAUCCGCCAAGUACCCGGUUGGGGUAGAGCAUGGUUCGGUCUAUCAGUUGGGGAACUUCGAUGAGUGUCUCGAAAAUCGGCGCACAACCAGCAGCAACAAGCCACCGGUCCCCACACAGUACUGUUUGGCGCAAGUGACACUUCCCGGGUACCGGGUGCGUUCACUGUCCACGCGUCAUUCGCCGGCACUUGACAGUAACGUAACCUCGAGCCUCAUCGUCCACUGGGGCCUAUGCGUACCGGCAGCGUGCACUGGCCGCGACGUACAGCAACUACUGAAGGCUACCACCGGGUACGACACGGCCACGCUGCCCACCAGCGCUUGCCAAAGUCGAACGAACGCAACACCGCGGGCUUACGGUACCGGUCAGAUCGCCUGCGUGUCCGUGUUGCUCCUCUUCGCGACGCUCGUGACCUUCAGCACGUUCUUCUACUCAGGCACCUCGAAAGCGGGCGGCCAGAGUGACGAAAAGCAGCCUUCCACCGGCACGAGCAUCCUGCGGGCUUUCUCGGUGUUCGAAAACCUGCGAAAACUGGUGCAAGUGUCGAAGGACGAUCACGGGCUGGGUUGUAUCAAUGGGAUCAAGGCGAGCGCCAUGCUGUUCAUCCUGAGCGGCCACGCGUUACUCUUUCUGGCCGGUGGGCCCCUGCUCAACACUGGCUUCUUCCUCGAGCAGCAGCGUCAGAUUCAGAAUGCACUGUUCCUUAACUCACCACUGCUCGUGGACACGUUUCUGCUGCUGAGUGGCUUCCUGUUCGCCCGGUUGCUGCUGAUCGAGCUGGACAAGCGCAAGGGGAGCGUCAACUUUGGGCUGCUGUACGUGUUCCGGUACAUUCGUCUUACGCCCGCCUAUCUGGCCAUUAUCGCGAUCUACGCCACGUGGCUGCCGGCGCUAGGGGAUGGUCCGCUGUGGAGUGGUCGAAUGGCAGCCGAGCAGAGUCGCUGCCAGGACAGUUGGUGGCGCAAUUUGCUGUACAUAAACAACUACGUCGGCACGGACCGGAUGUGCAUGUUUCAGUCGUGGUACUUGGCAGCGGACACCCAGCUGUUCGUGCUGGCACCUCUCAUCCUGUAUCCGAUGUGGCGUUUCGGACGUCGCGCCGCACUUUCGCUCAUCGGCAGCCUGAUUGCCGUCUCGAUCCUUGUCCCGUUCUGUGUCACCUACUACCAGCGGCUCGAUCCGACGUUCAUGAUCUUCACCGAUGAAGUUUCUGAUCUCCAGUUCAACCAUUACUUCGUCAACGUUUACGGUACCACGCACAUGCGGGCAACGGCCUAUCUGUUUGGUCUACUGACGGGCUAUCUGGUCCACUGGAUGCAUCUGCAGAACGUUCGUAUCGGCCGGAAGAAACUUGCGUUCUGCUGGAUCGUGUCCAGCGCGUGUGGCUGCUCGGCCAUGUUCUUCCUGACUGCAUUCUACAACGGGCUCGGCACGGACCACUACUUCCACAAUGCGGUCUACGCCGCACUGCAUCGGUUCGGCUGGAGCCUGUCGAAUGGUUGGCUCGUGCUGGCGUGCGUCACUGGCCAUGGGCGCACACUGAAACGUCUGCUCUGCUGGCGUGCCUUCGUGCCGAUCAGCCGGCUUACGUACUGUGCAUAUCUGAUGAAUGGACUCGUCGAACUGUACCUGUCGGCCUCAAGGCGAACGCCUAUGUACGCCAGCAUCGCCACGCUAACGGGUGAAACGUUAUCGCACGUGAUAUUGACAUUCUUGCUGGCGCUCGUGCUCUGCCUGAUGUUCGAGUCUCCGAUUCACGGCCUGGAGAAGAUUCUUUUGCGUCGCUUCCGACCGACGGCCCGAGAACAAAUGGACAGCCACAGCACCCAGCACACUCAGAGCACUUCCGAGGAGGCGUAGGGCGCCGACCUCUGGUGACUCCCAUUAGGGAUCGGUUUUGUAAAUAUCGCGUAGGUU